UAUAAUUCCAAAUUAGCCGUUUUUUGUCAGGUCCAAUUCCUCCACACCAGACGAGUUUCGAAGGUUAUCCACCUUCUUCCUCAGUGGCUUAUUUGGAUCUAUCUGACUGGCCGGCUUUUAUUCAUUUCCCUUCCAAAAGGGCUCCAUAAUAGACCCGGAAUGGAUCUGAAGGAUCUGGUGUUCUUAGAUAGGCUUUUCCAUCUGUUGCUGUUCUCCUGCGUUUUUUUGUGUAUUCAUGCGUUUUUUCUACUAUAAGGUCUUAGGUUCAGAAGAAACAUUACCUAUAUUUUUUUUUUGUUCUAAUUGUUUGCGUUUUCAUAUUACAUACAUAUUUAUGUCCCAUACUAAAAAACUCAAAGACAACGUCCCAGUAUAGCAUAAAAUCACUUAGCUGUAGACAUUUGUCACCUUGUACCACCAAAUAUAUAUUUAGUGAUUUUGUUAUAAAGAACAAAGGGAUAUAGUAUAGUUUUGAUUUAAUACAUGUAAUUGUAUUUAUUGCAGACUAUCUAUGGACUGGUUGGUCUUAGAAUAUGAAUUCCCUGUAUGUAUCUUUGUUGGGAAUAUAGAAAAUAUAUAAUUUUUAUAUCAUCUAAAAAAUUUAAAACAUUUUUUAUUAAAAUUAUUUGAUUAAAAUAUGUUUAAAAAUAUGAAAAUAUAGAAAUAUAAAAAUGCUAUAAAAAUGAUGAUGACAUAAUUAUAGGAUGUGAAAAUAGAUACCUUCAGCCCUCAUAAUAUUAGAAAUGUGAAAAUAGAUACCUUCAGCCCUCAUAAUAUUAGAAAUGGCGCAGAGAUAGCUCGCCGCAGAGUACUGUCACUUCUAUUCAUAAUGGCCAUUCUCACUUCUCCUAAAAUAUGGAGUAUACUGUAAACUAUAUAUAGGGAAAUACAUAUAAAGUAUAACCAUUAUACCUGGUCCCUGUUUCCUUUGGGGGUCAUUCACUUGAUGUCAUGGGUAAAAGCUACCAUUUUUUGAAAAGUAGUGCAUGUAUAGUGGUCUGUCUGAGUGGAAAUGCGUAUAUAUCCAGGAACUCUGUGUAAUCCCGAUUAAUACUAGAGGAGAAGUUGAGAUUGUAAUUAUUUUUGUUAAUUUCUUCCAAGAAGGUAUGGAGGCUAGAUGCGCCUCCCUGCCAGAUAAAAAUUACAUCGUCGAUGUACCGUCGCCAGAGCACCAGAUCCGACCCCAGUCUGGGCGUGAUGGUCUCCUGUUCCCACUGAGCCAUGAAAAGAUUGGAAUAACUGGGGCACGUCUGGCGUGGAGGAAUUGGACCUGACAAAAAACGGCUAAUUUGGAAUUAUAACAGCUUGAUGUUUUCUGCUGUAUUAUCUGCUGUACUAAGAAAGCACUUUCUAAGGAAAAGAUAAAGGAACCACAGUUUUUUCCGGACAUAGUGCGGCAACUUACAGGUGAUAUAAGGGGGCCUGUGAGACGCAACUAACUACUUACGCCGCUAGAGAUAUGUGGAACACCCACUCCAAUUAAAGAAACCCACUACGAACCUGCGGCGAGAUAGAGAUUACUCUCUCACUCGCAGCUGUAUCUGUGGAACUGCAAGACCGGACUGCACACUAUUCUCAUUUAACAGCAAGGCUAGGCUGCAAUCAGUCACCAAGAGGUAAGCUUACCCUGAAUCUAUACCACGUGGGACGCCACAGAGGGGACAUCGGGACUAAGUGUAUAAGAGUGCCCAUUCUUCCUUCACUUCAAGAUCCAUCUUCCCAGACUGAGUCAUCUACCUCGGCUGGACGUCCAGAGAAACAGCAUCCACAGAACAAUAGAUCUCCAGGAAGACACCACCAUACCCUGCGAGCAGUCCUGUGAGUACAGAUCCCAAGACCAGGAGAAGAUAAGUGCCUCCUUAGCUAGUCAAGCCCAAACUAAGCAGACUACAAGCAGAGCAGAAGACAGAUACCUGCCAGAUCUACUAGGCGUAUGUACCAGAAGCAGAAUAGAUAUAAAUUCCUGCCACAUAUUGCCAAAACCUGCUGGGACCAAAGACUAUUGCUGUUACCUUGUAUGGAUCAAAGCUGCCAUUCAGUAAACUCAAGUUGGACUUUAUUAUCAGACUGGAUCUCAAUUAUUCCAUCAGAACUCCUAUUAAUUACACUCAAUUUGUUGCAAGUGAGCCAGGAUCUAGGAGUCCAGCCGUAUCAAGAGAAAAAUCCCGAACAAUGAGGUUGAUACAGCUUUUCAGUUUUCUACUAUAUGGAUUCCUCCUAAAUGCACAUACUACUACAGAUAAUGUUCGACGUGAGGAAGUUGUAAAUACUUGUGCUGUUAUAUCCUGCAGUACACAUAGCUCCAGUGGAUUGCCUGGAAGGGAUGGAAGAGAUGGCAAAGAAGGAGCAAAAGGAGAAAAGGGAGAACGAGGUCCACAGGGAUCUCGAGGAAUUCAGGGACCGCCUGGAAAACUUGGUCCUCCUGGAGUAGAGGGAGAGAGAGGCUCUGUUGGGCAAAAAGGAGAACAGGGUGUCAGCGCUACUUCAGAGGUUGAAGUUGUUAAGGAACAAUUAACUGCCUUUCAACAAGAACUAGAGAAAUUUCAAGCAAGCCUUGCAAAAUAUAAAAAAAUUCUCCUUUUCCAUGGUGGUAAACAGUCUGGUGACAAAGUAUUUGUAACCAAUGGCUUAGAAGAAAAUUUUGAAAAUGCUCAGAAGACGUGCAGAGAAGCUGGUGGUGUCCUAGCCACCCCAAGAAGUGCAGUAGAAAAUAGUGCAACACAAGAGAUACUCCACACCAAGGGGGAGUCAGCCAAGGCAUUCCUGGGUAUAUCAGAUUUGCAAGUAGAAGGUAUAUUUAGAUACUUAUCAGGUGAAAAGAUCAUAUUUACUAACUGGAACCUAGGAGAACCAAAUAAUAGCAAGGACAAUGAGGACUGUGUGGAGAUUCAAGACAAUGGGAAAUGGAAUGACAUUCCUUGCAGUUUGCUUCGACUAGUUAUUUGUGAAUUCCAAUAACGUUAUUCAAACAGGACAAUGUGUGGCAUGAAAAAUGAAUUGUCAAAUUAAGGUCUUAUGCACACUGUCAGGGAGCUCUACAAGCUCCUUUGGAUUCCAUUUGUACAAAAAUAUUUGUAGAAGCAAUACAUAUAGGGACAGAUUUAUUAAGACUGGUGUUUCCUGUGCCAGCCUUAAGAAAAGACAGCUGGAAUAAGAUGCACAGGCCUCUAAAUAAAUUUGGUUUAUCUUCUGCCAUUCUGUGCAUGAGAAAUUCAUAUCUACUCCAGAUAUGAGCUAUCAAUGAAAAAUCUGCUCCAUUGAGCACGAUUGAGCAUGGAAAAUUUCUUUGUCAGAUUUGCACAGAAUGUAGCAGAAAAAAGGGUCCCUGCACACUACAAUAUAAGUCCACAUUCUUAUGCAUAUACUGUAAUGCUCCACAACAAAAAUGUCACCUGUGUCCAUGCCUAAAUUGAUGAUUAAAGAGGACCUUUCCACUCA